AUGUGCAUACUGGCCAGGUAUCAUUUGCUCCCUUCUUCUCUGGUUUUGCUCAUUUUGCUUGUCGCCUGCACUAUGGGCUGUAUUCAGAGCAUCGCAUGCAAGCCCCGCAUCAGACGGGAGAACAUUGUGGUGUAUGAGGUGUCAGCCUCUAUCGACCAGUGUCCAACCAUCAUUGAAGAGAACUCACCGAUUGUGCUCCGUUACAAGACGCCUUACUUUAGGGCCUCAGCAGGAGUAGUGAUGCCACCAGUGCCCCGAAACGAAACUUGGGUGGUGGGCUGGAUCCAAGCCUGCACCCAGAUGGAGUUCUACAACACCUAUGCUGAUAUAGGCAUGUCCAGCUGGGAGUUACCAGAGCUGCGAGAGGGUCGGGUCAAGGCCAUCAGUGACUCAGAUGGCGUCAGCUACCCCUGGUACGGCAACACCACUGAGACGGUCACCCUGACCGGCCCCACGUCCAAGCCGUCCCGCCUGACAGUCAGCAUGAACGACAACUUUUACCCCAGUGUGACGUGGGCUGUGCCCAUCAGCAACAGCAACACACCCAUGCUGACCCACAUCACCAGGGACCAGAGCUUCAUCACCUGGCUAGUGGCCAUGAACUCCAUCACCAAGGAACGUAUCGUGUUGCAGACGGUGCGAUGGCGGAUGCGGGUGGACAUUGCUGUGGACCCAGAUAUGCCUCUGGGAUCACGGGCCUCAUUGGUGGGUCGUCCCUACCAGGAACAACCACACAUCCUCAACUACCAGGAGCCCAUCCCUCCCAACGCGCUAGGGAGGCCGAAUGCCAACGACGCCCAAGUGCUAAUGUGGAGACCACGGAGGGGGGCACCACUAGUGGUCAUACCGCCAAAAUAG